CGAACGAACUUGACUGGACUUUAAAAUGACUACUAUUAGACCCUUGAAUGACGAUGAGGUUUUCAGCGAGAUGAAGAAGAUGGUAGCUUUCAUUAGGCAGGAAGCUCUUGAAAAGGCUCGAGAGAUUAAGGUCAAGGCAGACGAAGAGUUCAACAUUGAGAAGGCAAAGAUUGUUCGCCAAGAAUCUCUCAAUAUCGAAGCCAUUUUUGAACGCAAAAUAAAGCAGGCUGAAGUACAAAAGAGAAUCUCCCAGUCAAACUACAUUAACAAGGCUCGUCUCAGAACCCUUCAGGAACGUCAAUCAGUACUUGACAACCUGUUUGAUGAGGCGCGAAGCCAAGUUAACGAAGUUCAGAAGGACGAGGAGCAGUAUGCUGUUCUUCUUGAAAAAUUGAUGCUUCAGGGUGUAUUUACUCUCAUGGAGACCGAGGUAGUUGUCCGAUGCCGCGAGGCUGAUGCAGAUAACGUUCAGCUUGCUAUUGAGAACGUUACCAAGGAAUUUGAGGAAGGUGUCAAGCAGUCAAUUAGUAUUUCGGUCAGUGAGGACUAUUUGCCUGAAUCAAGUGCUGGUGGUAUUAUCCUUUACGGUCUCGAUAACAAAAUUACUGUCGACAAUACUCUCGAAGCCCGCCUAGAAAUUGUCAGUGAAGAAAUGCUGCCUCAGAUUCGUGCCACUCUCUUCGGCCACUCUCCUAACCGACGAUUCUUCAACUAAGCAAACAAUACACAUGUAUGCUGCCUUUUGUCUAGCUAAAAAAAUCAGGUUUUGCUGUCAAUUAGUGUGUAUAUGACCCCACUGAUAAGACUCUGCGUCAUACCCAAUAAAACACAUUUUUUAAGAUUUGUGUUUUCUCUA